AUGCCACCUUUUUUCAAACGAGGUAUGCAUGAUCCUUCUCAACCAUCGAUUAAGGCAACAUUGCAAAGUAAGGAAAGAUGGCAUGAUACAGAUUUAGCUCUUUCUAUGUGGUUUUAUGAUUCUUGUAUACCUAUGAAUGUCGUGAAUUCUCCCCUUUUCCAAAUAACAAUGAGCAAAGUCGCUAGUAUGGGUCAUGGAUACACGGGGCCUUCAUAUCAUGCUAUGUGUGUCACGUUGUUGAAAGAUGCGAAACAGUCUGUACAACUUAUAGUUGAUUCUUAUAGACGUUACUGGGCAGAAAAUGGUUGUACAACUAUGGGGAUAUCAUUCAUCAAAUCACUUAAUGCAUCGGAUAUUGAGAGUAAUGCCCAAACAUUAUGCAACUUGUUUAGUGAGAUUGUUGGUCAUCGGAAUGCCGUUCAUUUAGUUACUGAUAAUGCCGCAAACUAUAAGGUUGCAGGAAGAUUGUUAUGUGAGAAGUAUUUGUCCAUUGCAUGGUCUCCUUAUGCAACUCACUGUAUGAACUUGAUUAUGAAGGAUAUGCCGGAGAUGCAUGAAGUCGCUGAUUUGGUUACACUUGCAUCGAGGGUUAUAGUUUUUGUUUAUAACCACAAAUGGCCAUUAAAUUGGUUAACAAAAGACCAGCUAUGGUCACCUCCCCGGAUUAUAAAAAAAGUGAUUAGAUUAGAAAAAGCAAAAGAAGUUAAGCUUAUCAUAUUGAAUGAGAGCUUUUGGAAUAAUUGUGCUAUCAUAGUAAAGGUGAUGACUCCAAUGUUGAGACUUUUACGUAUUUGUGAUUCGGAUGAGAAGUCGGCUUUAGGUUAUGUAUACGAAGGGAUGUAUAGGGCAAAAAAAGGAAUUAAGAAACUUUUUCGCAACAACAAAGAGUUGUACACGCCAUAUACUAACAUCAUUAAAAAUCGGUGGGAUAGGAUGUUGUGUAAGAGUCUUCAUGCUUCUGCUUAUUGGUUGAAUUCGGUCUUUCAAUGA